UUGCAUUUUAUUUGCUGUUGUCCCACCAGGCUACGUUUUGGGCUCCGGGGAUGGCUCGCCGCUGGGAUUUUCCGGUGUUCCUCCGGCAAUAAUCGCCGCCGCGAACGCCAUCCCAGCUCCUCCUUCCGGGGACAUCGUCACCGCUUGGUCGCCCGAUCUCUCCGCCGCUCUCUACCGUGUCGACGGCUGGGGCGCACCUUACUUCGCGGGCUCGGGCUGCCGCUUCCCCUAAUCACCCGCCUCCCAGAUGUGUUGAAGAACCGCCUGGAGUCUCUGCAGUCGGCGUUCAAUUUCACCAUCCAAUCCCAGGGUUACGACACUCAUUACCAGGGAGUCUACCCUGUGAAAUGCAAUCAGGAGCGGUUCAUUGUGGAAGACAUCGUGAAUUCGGGUCGUCGUUUCGAUAAUGGUUGGAAGCCGGGUCGAAAACCGGAGCUUCUCCUCGCCAUGAGCUGCCUCUGUAAAGGAAACCCAGAGUUCUCCUCGCCAAAUCGAUGA